AUGCUUUUGCGGUUAUUUUCACACCAAACUGCAUUGCGACAGUUUUGCAAAGCAGUCGCUAUGUCGCGUUUCAUUGGGAAAGUCGUCAUUGUUACAGGUUCUUCCUCUGGUAUUGGAGCAGCGACAGCUGUGUUGUUUGCGAAAGAAGGUGCAAAGGUGACAAUUACAGGAAGGAAACCAGACGGUUUGGAGGCUACAAAACACUCUAUCAUUGAUGCCGGCGGAAAAGAAGAUGACGUAAAUGUCGUGGUAGCGGAUGUGACCGACGCUGUCGGAAGAGAGCAAAUUGUCUCGAGCACAGUUCAGAAAUGGGGAAAGAUUGAUGUUUUGAUAAACAAUGCUGGUGGCUUGCUACAUGAUGACAAAGGUUGCGGUGGUGUAACCGCUAGUGUUGAAGUGUUGGAAAAGACUAUGGAUUUAAAUGUUUACAGUGCGAUUCAAAUGGUUCAACUGACACGUCCACAUUUAGUAAAAGCAAAAGGAGAGGUUGUGAAUAUUUCUAGCAUAGCAGGGCAACCUAAAGGGACACCGAAGUUCAUGUACUACGCGAUGGCAAAGGCUGCUUUGGAUCAGAUGACACGCGCUCUUGCCAUCGAGCUCAUUGCUGAAGGAGUGCGUGUGAACAGCGUCAGUCCGGGUGCUGUUCUAACAAAAUUCUGUCAGAAUGCAGGAAUGUCGGAUGCAGAUACCGCAAAGUUCUACGAGAAAUUUGCAAGCUCAGAACAUUCGUUACCAAUUCGAGAGAUCGGACAACCAGAAGAUAUAGCCAAUGUAAUCGCAUUUCUGGCGGAUCGCCACGCAUCGCGGUAUAUCAUCGGCCAGACAAUUAUUGCUGAUGGAGGCUCGAUGCUUGUGAUUGCAGCCAACGCAACUUCUUCUGCCGGGCAAAAGUAA